CUACAAUUCCCAAAUCCCACUUCAAGGCGUCCUCUAGCGUCGCUAGGAUACUGGACGAUUGCAGAAAGAAAAGAAAAUGGUGAAACAAUUUCUAUGAUAUUUGUGCCCUUGGUGUGGAAUGCAAGUCUAUCAACAGCAUUUUCGUGCAGAAGCAACGUUGGGUGACGGACAGGUGUUGGCGCAAUGUGAAAUAUACCCUCAGAUAUCAUCAAUCGAAAAAGCAAAAUAACAAACAAACAGUGAGAUGGUACACGAGCAGAACCCGGGCCCGUUCUGAAGAGGUCCCUUCUGCUGAGAAGUGGCACCCGCAGCGAUGUCUAUGGUUGGACUCUACAAGCUGGACGAUGGGGAAAACCUCCCAACGAACUGCUUUCCUGUCAGGUCCUUCUAUCGGCAAAGUGAAGAAGGGGCAGGACACUGGCUUGUUGCCCACAGAGCAGCCGAGCAGCAGAAGUACGGACAUGUACAGCACUCCAAGUUUGAGAACCACUUCAGAGCAGAGGGAGGGUCCCUGGACCAGUCUGUGGUAUCCCACAGGAGAAAACUCCAUGGCUCUUUAAAGUCCAGCCCUUCGGAUAGAGUCUUAGAUGGAUUUCUUUUAAUGACCACACAUCACGUGGAGAAGCCGUCUGACCUGUGCUCUGUUGACAUCAGUGACAGGAAACUCGCCCUGGCAAGAGAGGAGGACUUCGAAGCAUUUGACAAUGUUGCCUAUAUUAACGCUUCCAACAAUCUCUUGACGCUGGGGCCUUUUCGAAAGUUUCCAAUAUUAAGAGAGCUGGAGCUCUCAGUAAACAGCCUGCGCAACCUGACGAUCUGUCCUGGAGAAUUUCCCCAUCUGGAGACGCUGGAUCUCUCGUACAACAGUCUGUCCAGUGAGGACGUCCUUGCCUUGGGCCUGUUGCCACGCCUGCGAGUCCUGCAUCUCACGGGCAAUGCGCUGCCCGCUCUGCCGGAGGACAUGGCCUGCCCAUACCCAGCCCCUGCACCGCCCAGGUCCUAUUGUCAGACUACCCGGUUCUGUAACCUUGAGGUCCUGAUACUAGAUGACAAUAAACUAUCUUCCCCAGGAGUAUUUACAAGCCUUGCUAAUCUAAAAAGACUUAAGCAUUUAAACCUGGACAGAAAUGGCAUCACCGAGGUUCCAUACUUGCAGCAGCACAAGCAGAGCUCAGAUGCCAAGAAGCUGCCUGGGCUCACAGGCUUGCAGGCAGACAGAGCUCUUCCCGUCGCCCCGCACACGGAGGUCUUGAGGGAAUCUCCUGUGGAAUUCGAUUUACCCCUUCCGGAGCUACGAUUCCUCAGCCUAGCUGGCAAUAAGAUCACAGAGGAAGAGGUUUUGUUAGCAGUGGCUCUGUUCCCGUCACUCAGCGAGCUGGUGAUACACAGUAAUCCCCUCACCACACAAAGAAGUGGUGACCCACCUCUCCUUACUAGUUUCCUUCAGAACAGACUGGGCAUUAAAGUACAGAGGAAAGAGACCGUGGGACUGGUGAAGCCACACUUCGUAGUCCCAGUUAAUCCGAAACGAAAGGUGAAAACUAAAAUCCCUAAGGUUCCCAGACAGCCCCUGUUUUUGGAGUCUGCUCCUGGCUCUUUCCUUUCCAGUCCUGCGGCUCUGAAGAAAAAUCAGGAAGCAGCAGACUCCCAGAGGAGUCUAGGCCCAGCAGAGUACAAGCCUCUGCCCCCAAUCCGCCCGUCUUUUCCAUCUGACAAGAAGGAACCCGGAGAGGGAGAAGCAGCAAUGUGCUAUCGAGAAGAGGACAAUUCGGAAGUGGAUGACAAGGAUGAAGGAUCAGGGAUGUCUAAGGAUCAGGAUACCUUCUUUAUGACACAGGUGAACGAUUUGCCAGAAUCUAGAUGGCACGUCGGAGUGGAAGAGAAAGAAGCAACUGACGGGACAGAACAAAGCCUGAAAGAAGAGUCGGUUCCGGACAGAUAUCGAGGAUAUGAAGUACUGCUGGAUGCAAAACCUGAUCCCGAUAUGACUGAGCCCAUGGGAAUCCAGCAGAAUGUCAGAGCUCUGGAAUAUGCACUGAAGCACCUUCUGGUUUACAGGGAUUCCAAAGCUAGACUUGACUGUGUUCAGAAACCAUACAUACCAAAGGAGAGGAAGCUAAGAAAGCUACCACCUCCAAAACCAAGGAAGUCGAAAGGGGAGAGAGUAGAAGAGUUCCUAAUCAAAAUAAAGAACAGGAAAACUAUAACCGACAUUCCAUUAGCAAACGUUCUUCAGGAUAAAGACACCUACAAGAAGGAAUACGAAGAGGCUUUGAUUUUGCUGAGAGAAAUGAAGAGGCAAUACCAGAUGGUCCGGGCCAAAGCAGUGGAGCAGGCAGCACAGAUCGAGAGAGCACAGCUGGAGGCUGUUCGGGAUGCAAAACAAGAAAAACCUCCUGAAAUACAGCCACUCUGAGGUGGUAUCAGGUGGUUUUUUCCCCCCUGUGUUUUCUUUUCAGUAAAUGUAUAAGACAAUUUUGGUAGCAAUAAAGAUAAGUUUAAAGGAAA